AAUUCACACACCACCACCGUAAUAUACCUAGAUAUAUCCGAAAAAAUGUUAUCCCUUGCCCGUAGAACCGUUUCAAUUGUUCGUUCUAACACCUUUACCGCUUCCUUUUCUGUCAGCACUGUCAACAGUGCAGCCGCCGCCACCAAGGCUCGUGCUGCCAAGGCCACCACCACCAAGUCUCGUGCCGUUAAGGCUGAUGCCACUGCCAAGUCCAAAAAGCCAUUGAAGCAAAAGACUGCCAGUGCUACCGAAAAGGCCAUUACUGCCGAACGCGAAAAGCGCGCCAAGGCUGUUGCUGCGAAGGCAAAGGCUGUUGCUGCUGAAAAGCAAAAGAAAGAGAAAGCCGCCGUGAAGAAGGCUGCUGCGAAGCUCCAUGAACAAAUCUACACCUUCAAGAGACCCCUGAACCCCAACGCGAUCUUUAUCGGCGAAAGGCUCAAGAACCGUGCUGCGGGGGCCAGAGUCCAGGAUGUGUUCCGCGCCGCUUCUGAGGAAUGGAAGGAGUUGACUGACGCCCAAAAGCAGCCAUUCCAAGACAAGUAUGCUAUCCAAAAGGUGAAGUACGACCAACAAGUUGCCAGCGUGCCCAAGAGACCUGUUACCGACUUUGCGAAGUACGUCCAGCAGAACUACUCCACGGUCAAGCUCGACCAUCCAGCCGAAGAAAAGGCCUCCAACCUCUUGAAGAAAUUGGCUGAAGGUUGGAGAGCGUUGUCUGUAGCUGAGAAGGAAUCCUACAAGGCUUCCAAGCACGAAUUCGACGCUUACCAUGCUGCCAAGGAGAGGUUUGAAGCCUCCAGAAAGAUUGAAAUUGGUGCUUAAAGAGUGGAAUAGACUUUACGAUGGUACUAUAACUACCAUGUUAAAAUCUCAAGUAGAUGCUGCUACGAUUAUUGCCUUUUUAUUUCUUACUUUUUCCCUGCACUAAAUGUGUGGUGCUAAUAUUAUGAUGUUAUAUUUUUACUUUUUUCGAUAGCAUAGAUCGAUUUCCCGUAGGAAAUCAG